AUGCGGUUUCUCGGCGCUUGGGCGCUUUUAGCGUUGUUGGCAAUGGCAGAAGCGAGACGGAAGGUGUAUACAGAAGAGGAUCAGGCCAAGUACUUACAAGAUGUUAGUUUUGACUUUUGAAAUAGUAAAAAACAUGUGGAUAACAUCAACUCGUCAUGUAUCUAAAAGUCAAGCUUGUCGCGGACCGGGUUUUAGUACUAAAACUUCAAAUAAUGAAUUUUGAGCCAAUUUUCUUUUUCCAAAAGCCGACCGGGCCGGCCGAUUUUCGACAAGUCUGAAAGUAAGCUCCUCCCUGCUUUUUUCUGGUUAAUUCCGAAAAAUGUAAAACAUCUCGCAAGGCCAUUUAUAAUGAUAAUUUCGACUACGAAUUAAUCAAAUUUCAAAAUUUCGAAACUUGCAUUUCUCGAAGAUUCCGCAUAAAUGUAUAGGAAAUAAGAGAAGAGAGUUGGGCUGAAUGCAAAAAGUGAGGCAAGGAGCCGGACAGCCGUGUCUCGGCGCCGUCUUCCAGACAUUGAGAGUUCAACACGCCCACUGGCACUUUGCAUCCGUCUAUCCUCUUUUUUGGAAGAAGAAGAAAAAGAAGAAGAAGAAGGGGAUGAUCCAUCGUGUCGUUCCGUUCUGAUGAAGGGGCGCAGCAGAUGCGCGCUCUUCUUGCUCAAAUUUUUAAUACGAAGCAGAUGUCCAGCUGCCGGAGGCACGAGCCUUUGUGGCCCCUUUCGUGCGGUUUUUUGAGGAACGCGCCGCCACCAAAGAAAAAAAAACAAAUGGGAUUUGUACACAGCCUGGUAUAAGGACUCUAGAGUAAAAAGGGGCUUUCAGUUUUAGUUGUUCUAUACGUUUUUUCUCAUUCCAGUGUGUUAGCUAUAGCUGCGUAGCCUUCUAUACAACAUUCCUACUGCCCGAGAGAACCAGUUUUCACAUUCACAUUCCCAAAAAUUUGAUUUGGUUGAGUAAUGUCCUUCGUGACAGAUUAUAGAAACCUAGGAAAUCAGACAGAAUGGAUUCGAAUCAAAACGUUUUUCAGUUGAAAGAAAUAGAACUACAAAACUUCGAGAUGGAGAUGAAACAACAGGCCGAGCAGAGAGGAGUCAAGUACUCGGGCCGGCAGUUGGGAGUACAAAUCGAGAACGGAAACUACGAAUCGGCGGAUUUGCCGAGUGAACUCAGAGCUCCGUCGCUUCCGAGAAAAAAGCACGGGUUCAGACAACAUCUGAGGGGACCGGCUGAACCUCAAGCUCUGAAAUCUUCACCAAGUAAAACUGAACUUUUGAUUAAGAAAUGCACUAACCUUUCCUUUUUUCAGACGAAGAAACUACGAUCCAAUCCUUUAUUGACCCAACCGAAGAGACAAGCGACGACAAUUGGUGCUAUUUCUGCGCCACACCAAUUGAUAAACUCCGUCCGGACAUGCGAAAAUCAAUUCGAAACUUGCUAGAGAUGCGAAGAACUGCGUUUCCGAUAGGUAAUUGGAUUGGCGCACAAACCUUGAGAACCCCAUAAUUUCUUUUCUCUUUUUUUCAAGACGCCGUCACACCCGAGUGCCUUUCGGCGAGAAAUUUGACGAAACUGAAGAAGCAAAAGUGCUCGUACAAAUAUUGUCAGACUCUGUCGAUAGUGGAUAGAAAUGCGGGUGAGAUGAAAGGAUAUGUGUUUAUUUAAUCAAAAUUCUCGUUUUUUUUUCAGGAAACGCGUUUGUGGUUCGUGGUUGUGCUGAACAUUUUGGAGCGAUCAACGUUCCGGAAUUGGAGAAGAAAAACGACCAUUCUUGUGAAAUGUAUAAACAAAAUGGCCCGCUAUCAGUUAUAUUUUAUCGGUUAUUACAGGCUGCACGAAAAACUGGAGAUCAAGGAAUGUAUUUGCAAGUCGAAUAAGUACUGUCAUGCCGGGUGGACGAAGAGAAGCGCAAGUGGAGGAUCAUACCAGCAAUCCCUGCACUAUUUGGUUGUUCUGAUUUCAGCUGUUAUUCUCAUGUAUUAG